AUGACUAUGUCGUGGACCUUCCUUCCAUGGGAUCUACAUGAGUUCCACGAUGAUGAGUCAAUUUAUCAUGAUGAUAACUCAGGGUCAAUUUCUUUGGAAGUGGAAGGGACUAGUUUAGAACAGAUGACGGAAGCAAUUGAAGAGGAGCUGGAGCGACGAGUGCACAACGGUAAAUUGGGUAAACUGCAUAUUUGGGCUCUAAGCUCAGAAUUGGGCCCAUCACCCGUUGAUUCGAAGAGAAUGGUGUCACGAGUAAAACACAUUGCUUUUUGGGUCAUCCGAGAUCGUUUACUAGCCUGA